AAAACCUGAGUUAUUCCGUUCCAAUCCAAACCCUUCUACAAUCAAUCAAUUUUGCUAGCCAUCAUCAUCAUCAAGACAUUUUUCACGAUGGCUAGCACAAAUGCGAUCAAAUUCAAUUCCAUUGCACUCAUGAUAUGCAUAGCAUUGUGUGCACCAAUUGUAUCUAUGGCUGUAUUAACCUGUUGUGACUUGAAACCUGCUUUGGCCGCAUGCGAUUCCUAUGCAAGACAUGGUGGAGAAUGUGUCCCACAAGAUUGUUGUUUUGAAGCUUUGCACCUUAAAAACUAUCUCAUCAAUAGUCAUGAAGAUUACAUCACUGCUUGCCAUUGCAUUCAAGAUGCUGCUGUCAAGAUCCCUAACAUCAAUUAUACUGCUUUCUCAAUCAUCCCUGACGGUUGUGGAAUUCGCUUGCCCUUCAAUUUUCGGGUCGACAUGAAUUGCGACAAGGUAUCAACGGAAAACGAGACGUUAUGGAAAGCGGGGAGUCAAGGAAAGGCGGGAGGAUUUGAGGUGUCCUUGCGCACGGUGGAGAAGGAUUUAAAGAGAAGAAAAUUGCUAAGACCGGGAAAAAUGCGCUCGACUACCAUUUUGAUAGUGUCAAAUAAUUCUACAAAUUCCUCAUCGAGUUCGAGCAUCAGGAUGCAUGAUCCUUCGUUGUUAAUGGUUCAAACAUGUAUUGUAGCAAUUGUGGAGGCUCUGAUCAUAUCUUUGGGGUGGAUGUAAAUAGUUUUGGGGACUAUUUUGCAAUUUCACAUAAAACUUAUAUUGUUUUUGUAACAUAAAAUAUUAGGGUGUGAUGUAAUUCACUUCGUUAAUUUUCCAUCUUAACGAUCAAAUCAAUCUUAUAAUCUCAUUAGUUAUUUCUUUUGUUAAUCUCAAAUUCACUUGUUGAUUUUUA